AUGCCACUUUCACUUUUUCUCGUUGUGGACAACAACACUAGGUCACGUCUUGUCGCACAAGCUCUCGUGUCAGACGAAAUAACAGAGUCCUAUAAAUGGAUCCUGGAAUACACAAAAAAAGCAACAAUGAUUGAGCCAUUAUUCACUGCAUUUUUCAUAUCAGCGAAAACUUACCAAAAAACUUCAAAUCUAAGCUUUAUAGCCAAUAUGAAAGCUUUGUCCAUGACUUUUUCCUAUGCUGCAACAGCUUGUGUGAAGAAAGUUUCUAUAAAUGAUAAUCAUAACUUACUGAAAACGGGAAUUCAAACUACCUCUCGUGUCGAAAGUCUCAACAGCAUUGUCAAAUGCCUAUUAACAGCAAGUAGCAGUUUGUGUGAUCUUGUCGAUGUACUUGAUGCAAGACUCCAAGAUGAGACACAGUGGAAUUAG